AAGGCCAGGGCUGCAAUGACCUCAGAGAUCUGUGGCAGUGAGGGGGUGAGGGAGGGUGGAGGGGGCGGAAGGCGGAGGAAGAACGCGUUUCCUAAGCAGCUCUUUCACAGAAGUCCAGUCCACACUUGCUGUCCCCUUCAGCCCUGGAGAGGAGGCGGCUGCACGGGGACCAGUGACUUCGAGAUGUCGACCUACAAGCGGGCCACGCUGGACGAGGAGGACCUGGUGGACUCGCUGUCCGAGGGUGAAGUGUACCCAAACGGCCUGCAGGUGAACUUCCGCAACCCCCGGAGUGGCCAGAGGUGCUGGGCUGCGCGGACCCAGGUGGAGAAGCGGCUGGUGGUGCUGGUGGCGCUUCUGGCGGCAGGACUGGUGGCCUGCUUGGCAGCGCUGGGCGUUCAGUACCGGACAAGAACCCCUGCAGUGUGCCUCAGCGAGGCCUGCGUCUCAGUGACCAGCUCCAUCCUGAGUUCCAUGGACCCCACGGUGGACCCCUGCCAGGACUUCUUCACCUAUGCCUGUGGUGGCUGGAUCAAAGCCAACCCCGUGCCUGAUGGCCACUCACGCUGGGGGACCUUCAGCAACCUCUGGGAACACAACCAAGCCAUCAUCAAGCAUCUUCUCGAAAACUCCACGGCCAGUGUGAGUGAGGCAGAAAGGAAGGCCCAAGUAUACUACCGUGCGUGUAUGAACGAAACCAGGAUCGAGGAGCUCAAGGCCAAGCCGCUGAUGGAGCUGAUUGAGAAGCUAGGGGGCUGGAACAUCACAGGUCCCUGGGACAAAGAGAACUUCCAGGAAACUCUGCAGGUGGUCACCGCUCACUACCGCACCUCCCCCUUCUUCUCCGUCUACGUCAGUGCUGACUCCAAGAAUUCCAACAGCAACGUGAUCCAGGUGGACCAGUCCGGCUUGGGCUUACCCUCAAGGGACUAUUACCUGAACAAAACUGAAAAUGAGAAGGUGCUGACGGGAUACCUGAACUACAUGGUCCAGCUGGGCAAGCUGCUGGGUGGAGGAGACGAGGACGCCAUCCGGCCCCAGAUGCAGCAGAUCCUGGACUUCGAGACGGCGCUGGCCAACAUCACCAUCCCCCAGGAGAAGCGCCGGGACGAGGAGCUCAUCUACCACAAAGUGACCGCUGCCGAACUGCAGGCCUUGGCGCCCGCCAUCAACUGGCUGCCCUUUCUCAAUACCAUCUUCUACCCCGUGGAGAUCAACGAGUCCGAGCCCAUUGUGGUCUACGACAAGGAGUACCUGGGGCAGGUCUCCACCCUCAUCAACAUCACGGACAAGUGCCUGCUAAACAACUACAUGAUCUGGAACCUGGUGCGGAAGACAAGCUCCUUCCUUGAUCAGCGCUUUCAGGAUGCCGACGAGAAGUUCAUGGAAGUCAUGUACGGGACCAAGAAGACCUGUCUUCCUCGAUGGAAGUUCUGCGUGAGCGACACAGAAAACAACUUGGGCUUCGCCCUGGGCCCCAUGUUUGUCAAAGCGACCUUUGCCGAGGACAGCAAGAGCAUAGCCAGCGAGAUAAUCCUAGAGAUCAAGAAGGCGUUUGAGGAAAGCCUGAGCACCCUGAAGUGGAUGGAUGAAGACACUCGGAGAUCAGCCAAGGAAAAGGCCGACGCGAUCUACAACAUGAUAGGCUACCCCAACUUUAUCAUGGACCCCAAGGAGCUCGACAAAGUGUUCAAUGACUACACUGCGGUCCCGGACCUCUACUUUGAGAACGCCAUGCGGUUUUUCAACUUCUCCUGGAGGGUCACUGCCGACCAGCUCAGGAAAGCUCCCAACAGAGACCAGUGGAGCAUGACCCCACCCAUGGUGAAUGCCUACUACUCGCCCACCAAGAACGAGAUCGUGUUUCCCGCCGGGAUCCUGCAGGCGCCGUUCUACACCCGCUCCUCACCCAAGGCCUUAAACUUCGGUGGCAUUGGUGUUGUUGUGGGCCACGAGCUGACUCAUGCUUUUGAUGAUCAAGGCCGAGAGUAUGACAAGGACGGGAACCUUCGGCCCUGGUGGAAGAACUCGUCCGUGGAGGCCUUCAAGCAGCAGACGGAGUGCAUGGUGGAGCAGUACGGCAACUACAGCGUGAACGGGGAGCCCGUGAACGGCCGGCACACGCUGGGGGAGAACAUCGCCGACAACGGGGGGCUCAAGGCAGCCUAUCGGGCCUACCAGAACUGGGUGAAGAAGAACGGGGCCGAGCAGACAUUGCCCACCCUGGGCCUCACCAAUAACCAGCUCUUCUUCCUGGGCUUUGCACAGGUCUGGUGCUCUGUCCGCACGCCCGAGAGCUCCCACGAAGGCCUCAUCACCGAUCCUCACAGCCCCUCCCGCUUCCGGGUCAUUGGCUCCGUCUCUAACUCCAGGGAAUUCUCAGAACACUUCCACUGCCCGCCUGGCUCCCCCAUGAACCCUCAUCACAAGUGUGAGGUCUGGUGAGGUGGAAACACCUCGAGCCAAGACAGAGGAUGAGCCCCCCGGGGGGCCCACGAGGCCAUCUUCCCAUCCAGCGUCCGAGGUGUCGCCCUACCCCCUGGCCACCCAGGGCCCCCCUACCCCACACUGGAGGGUUUCCAGCCGGAGCUGAGCCUCUGAUGUGGGUUCUCAACACAAUCUGAGAUUUGAUCCCCUGUGAAGACCCUGUCGUCCCAGGCACACGUGCGUCAACUCUCACGGGCAUUUGGGUGUCAGGCUGGCUGCUUACCAGGCCUGGGCCCCAUACUGACAAGGGUAGUGGGACACAGCCCCCUGCCCACAUCCAGCGCCAGAAACGCCACAAAUACCACUGUGUCAAAUGCUUUAAAGAUAUAUUUUUGGGGAAACUAUUUUUUAAACAUUGUGGAAUACACUGGAAAUCUUCAGGGAAAUAAUGCAUUUAAAACACUUUUUUUUUUAAAGGAAAGGAUUGGUAUAUUUAUUAUAUUCUGUUUUUCUAAAUAACCUGUGGAUAAGGGAAGCCCCACUGAUUUACCCCUCCCUUCCUCACUCACUGUGAGGUCGGCUGAGGCAGCCAAUCCCCCGCCGCUGAGCAUGUCCCCAAGUAGAGAGCUGCCCCAGCCAUUGGUGUUUGUAAUUUCAGCCUCUGUCCCUGGUUUUGCAGUCACAGGGUGUGAAGAGGAGAGGUGUGGAGGCCAGGAAGGGGCAGAGGCCAGCUCACGGACACUGCCCCUCACAGCUUGCCUGCCUCUGUCCCCAGAGUCCAACAGUGGGAACCCCAACGAGGACAAUCUGAUCCCCAAAGUCGCAGCAGGAAAUUGACGGCUGUGGCAGGAUGAGGCCAGCUCAUGGCCUUCAAACCCAGUCCCGGGGCACCCGAGCACCCUGGACCUGGAUGUCAGGAGCCCUGCGAGACCCAGCCCUCCAUCAGAUAGCUAGCCUCUUUCUGUCCCUCUCCUGGCUGCUCCAUGUGUGGCCCAGGGUCCAGUUGCCCUUGCAGCAACCCUCCCAUCCCAACGACUUCGGGGUCUGCCUCCUGACCCUCUGCCCCACGGGAAGGAGAAAAGGGAAGACCACUCUCCUGUCCUACAGAGCCCGGAUCCUCCCUCUGGGCUGCGUCCUGCACCGCUGGCCUGGGCUUGGCUCCCAGGACCACAGCCAGCCCCGCCUGCCCGCCCUCCAUCUUUAGUGCCUUAGCCGAGGCUGCAGCCCAAGCUCCACCCAAGGAGACAGCCCUCUACCAGUGAAGCCUUCGAGUGUCCUGACUGUAACGCAAGCCCAUCCCCCCCCCCCCAGUGUCCACAGAGCUGCCCCUCACGGCAGCCCGGGAGCUCUAGGCUGCGGGUCAGCGGCACCAAGGUCAGGAAUCUGACGGACCUCUGGACUUGCCCGGAGCCCCAUCCCACCCUCAGCCCCUGGGCUAAAGCAAGACAGUACUUGUAGCUGGAUGGACUCCUCACUUGGAGGUGUCUUCAGCCAAGGGAGACUGUGAGGGAAAGGCUCCCCCAACAUGGCCAGUCUAGCCUGUGGUGUCAGGGAACCAGGAAUGGCGCCCCCCUCUGAGGCCCCGGUUCAGAAGCUCCGUCUGGGGGAAGCAGGCCCCCGUGGCUGAGGCCAGAGCCGCCAGGGCCCGUCAUGGCUCUGCCGCCUCGGCACCCGUGGCCUGGCCGUGCUCCCUCAGUGCACUCGCCGCGCCCCGGCAGCCAGGAGCCCCCUGCCCGAGAGGACGAGCCAGAUCCCGGCAGAACUGAGGCGGGGCGGGCUCGGGUGAGGCCCCUGGUCCCCGCAAGCCCAGGCCUGGCAGCUCUUCAGAGGAAAGGUAGGACAGGAGCCAGAGAAGACGGGAGAGUCGGGCUGCACAUGCACCUCGCCACGCAGAGGUAGGCCGCCCCAGCCCUGGCGCCCUGGCACCCUCCGGGUGCCGCCUCUGCCCCCACCCUCCCUCCGGCCGGCCUUCCCCAUGGAAGCUCACGGUCCUCAAGAGCGGCAGGCGCCACCGUGGACCGGAACCUCCCCUCCGGAAGCAAGUGUCCCGGGGCUGAGGGUUCAGCCGGAGGGGGCGUAGACUGCAUUCACUUCUUCAGGGUGUCCGAGGAACCGCAGGGGGGCCAGGGGAGAGGACGGCUGCGGCCCAACAGGGAUGGAAGCAAAGGGAGCAGCCCCCACCGUCCCUACCCCUCCAGAGCUUAACGAAGGCUGAAGUGAUGGGUGGCUGCCCUCUGAAAGACACCCCACCUCAGGCCCGGGAGCCAGAGGGCUGGCUUCUCUGCGGGUGCACGGACAUGGGGUUUGGGGCUGGGAAUCUAUGUUUUGUAUUAUUAUGUUCUGUGCUACUGUAGUUUGGGUGCGGCACUCUUGUAACUCAAAUAAAGUACUUGUACCGAGCG